AUGGAGCAACAUUUCCCAAAUAGACCUACCCAGGCACAGCAGCAACAGCACGUUUAUAGCACGUCACCAUUUAGUGUUUAUUCAAAUCAGCCACCUUAUCUGACAGGUACUUAUCAACCGGUAGCACAGCCUCAACAGAUCGCCUAUCAGCAAGCGCCUGCUCAAUACAGUCGCCCGGUGGUCGGAGGCAGUGGUAUUACAACAUGUAACAUGCAACAACAACAACAACAACAACAGCGUCGUGCGGGUGGUAACAUGCAACAACAACAACAACAACAACAGCGUCGUGCGGGUGGUGCGGCCACAACCGGAGCGAAUCAGGGCGGUGGCAUGAAUCGUGGUCCGGUUCCGCUGCAUCAGAGUGCAGCGUUAAGCGCAUCGACAGGCCCAGCAGGAGCACACCAUCCGGGCGCUCAUCCAGCCCAUCAACACCCACACGCACAGAUGCAGCACGCUGGCAAUAUGUCCGCUUCUGGUGAUGCGCAACACUCACUUAACACCGCUGGUGCUCCUAUCCAUACUCUUACUUCGUUGGCACCACAUCAUCGUGCACUACCAUCCCAGGAUAUGCCUUUGCGAAUAGUAGUGGAUGCGAAAUACGUUGGUGCUAUUAUUGGUCAAGGAGGUUCGAAUAUUCGUGAAAUUACCAAGGAAUCAAAAGCACGCUGUGUGGUUGACGUACAAAGGGCCGUUAGAGACCCGGCGGGAAACGCAGAAAAAGUGAUAUCGAUAAUGGGACAGCCAGAGAAUUGUACAAAGGCGUGUGUCAAAAUUCUUGAAGUGGUGAGGCGAGAAAUGGAAAAAGACUCUACUGCUGCACAACACCCGGAAAUUGAACUGAAAAUUCGUGUACACAAUCAGCUGGUUGGUCGCUUAAUUGGCAAAGGAGGUGCGACAAUCAAGAAAAUUAUGGAAGAAACUGGCGCAGUUGUUUUCGUUUCAAAUGAACCAGCACGUGAUAUGUUCGGCAUGCUACCAGGUUAUGGUACUGCCCCACCGUUAUAUGCAGCUGAUAUGGCAAUGCAUAUGGAACGAACGGUCACCGUGAAAGCAUCUGAAAUGAAUGUCGUUUCGGCAGCCGAACAGAAAAUCAGCCAAAAAUUGCGUUCUAGUUAUGAAUACGAUCUCAACAAUAGGGUUAGUCUUACGUCAGAAGUUUCCUUUUUGACGCUAGACGGCGCACAUAUUCGCAGUGUGAUGCGAAUGACUGGGGCACAUGUGCGUAUUGAAGGCGGUGGAAGUUUGAUCAAAGACAAGAAAGAUAAAGUUGAUACCAAAGAUGCAAAGGAAGUGAAUGCUGAUGAAGCAGAGAAAGGUGAUGCAGACAGUAAACAGACCGAUGCAUCACCAGAAGAGAAAUCUCCUGAAAGUAACGAAGAGGGUGCUGGUGAUGCGGAGAAAAGUGCAAAGAAAGAUGAGAAGGAGAUCACUGAUAAGGUGGCAUCAAUUUCAGUAUCGAAAUCAUCAGAUAAAGAAAAGGAGAAGGAACGAGAAAAAGAAAAAGAUUUACAUGCUGAUGAACGUCUUGUUACAAUAACUGGUAAUGAAGGGCAACAGUACAAAGUUUGUUGUCGUUUCUUCGUUAUUUCAUUACCAAAUUUCAUUUUUCGUAACGGUUCUAUUGUGGCUCAAUUCUGGAUCUAUCAGCGUGUUGCCGAACAAAGUUAUCACUAUUUGGAUGAGGUUCGUCUGUGCACCGAAAUCAAUGUGCCAAGCAAACUUGUUGGACGUAUCAUUGGGAAAGGAGGUCAAAAUGUAGAAAAUGUCGUUUUGAGUGAUUCUGAAUUUUGUUGCUUAUUCGAGGUUCGUGAAUUACAACGUGUAACUGGUGCACAAGUGAAAAUACCGGAUGAUGCGGGUGAAGAUGAAACACAAGAAUCGACAACAGUACGUAUCCUUGGCAAUUUCCAGGCAUCACAAGCCGUUCAAGCUAGACUCAAUCAACUCAUUCAUGAAUUUACACUUAGACAGUCAAUCUGGCCUGCUAAUGGCCAACCGCAUACACAAGGUAUUUGA